AUGACAAAAAAGUGGAUGACAUUUUUGCUGUUGUUCUUAUCAGUUAUGAUGUUUUUUGCUGCUGCUGUACCAUCUGAAGGGCAUCAGAAUAUCACAGAGGAAUUCACUCAUCUGAGUGUUACACGAAAUAAAAUUAUGACAGCACAGUAUGAAUGCUACCAGAAGAUUAUGCAAGAUCCUAUUCACAGGAAAGAAGGUCCUUACUGUAACAGGACAUGGGAUGGCUGGUUGUGCUGGAGUGAUGUUGCUGCUGGAACUGUGUCAGUACAGCGUUGUCCUGACUACUUUCAGGAUUUCAACCCAUCAGAAAAAGUUACGAAGAUCUGUGAUCCAAGUGGGAAUUGGUUUAGACACCCAGAAAGCAACAGGACGUGGACAAACUAUACCCAGUGUAAUAUCUAUACACAUGAAAAAGUGAAGACUGCUCUGAAUUUGUAUUACUUGGCCAUCAUCGGACACGGUCUUUCAAUUGCAUCACUUCUCAUUUCUCUUGGCAUAUUCUUUUAUUUUAAGAGCUUGAGUUGCCAAAGGAUUACCCUGCAUAAAAAUCUAUUUUUCUCUUUUGUUUGCAACUCUGUUGUGACGAUAAUUUCACUGACUGCAGUUGCCAACAAUCAGGAGUUAGUUGCAACUAAUCCAGUUAGCUGCAAAGUGUCACAGUUCAUCUACCUGUACCUAAUGGGUUGCAACUACUUUUGGAUGCUGUGUGAAGGCAUUUACCUGCAUACUCUCAUUGUGGUGGCAGUUUUUGCUGAGAAACAACACUUGUUGUGGUAUUACCUUCUUGGCUGGGGUUUUCCACUGAUCCCUGCCUGCAUACAUGCCGUUGCUAGAAGUUUAUAUUAUAAUGACAAUUGUUGGAUCAGCUCUGACACUCAUCUGCUGUACAUCAUCCAUGGCCCUAUUUGUGCUGCUCUGUUGGUGAAUCUUUUCUUCCUGCUAAAUAUUGUCCGUGUUCUCAUAACGAAGCUGAAAGACACCCACAAGGCAGAAUCCAACCUAUACAUGAAAGCCGUGAGAGCUACCCUGAUUCUUGUUCCACUACUUGGCAUUGAAUUUGUCUUGUUUCCAUGGCGACCAGAAGGCCGGAUCGCUGAAGAAGUGUAUGACUAUGUGAUGCACAUCCUUAUGCACUACCAGGGUCUACUGGUGGCUACAAUUUUCUGCUUCUUUAAUGGAGAGGUCCAAGCUGUUUUGCGAAGACACUGGAAUCAGUACAAAAUCCAAUUUGAGCACAGCUUCAGCCACUCGGAUGCUAUGCGCACCGCUUCCUACACUGUGUCAUCAAUCAGCGAUGUUCAAGGCUACAGCUACAAUCACGACUGCACCAGUGAACAUCUAAAUGGGAAGGGCUACCAUGACAUGGAGAGCGUUGUUUUAAAAACUGAAAAGCUGUAUGGUUGA